GCUAGGGGGAGCAAGGAUGGCAAGGAUUUCUAGCAGACAGAAGAUGAGCAGAAGGCAAAGACAUGUGAAAUGCAGUGUUUUUGAUGAUAUUUAGAACCUCUUAAACUAUACCUGCUCCUCGAUACGAUCACUAUGCACUUUCUUCCGGCGUUGUGUGUAUAUUACCCGGAUACGGACGUUUUGUCUACUGUAAACAAGUGACUCCUUCGCAGCUCCGUUUUCGCAACCAGAGAAAUGGAUCGUGCGUUUACGCCCGACAGAUGUUCUAAGCGAUGUCAAUCCCGCAGAAGAUUGUAGUUUCAGGGAAGGCGGAGAACGUACAAUCAAUAAACCAUGGCGACUCUAAAGAAGACAGCUGCAAGAACCGAAAGUGAAGACGACAGCGGUGUCGAAUGGCUUUACGAAAUACUACGCGAAGUCCAACUCGAACAGUUCUUCCUCAAGAUCCGAGACGACCUUCAGGUGACGCGUUUUCGACACUUCGACUUCGUCCAGGCCGAGGACUUAGAAAAGAUCGGGAUGGGAAAGCCGGCUGCUCGCAGGUUGCUGGAUACAAUAAAGAAACACCGCUCGGCGCUGUGGAAGAGAAACAUACUCAACAAGAUCCUCCCCGUUGGGAAGUUAGGAGCAGCGUCCACGAAACCUUCGGUAACGACGCCUUCACCAACACCGCCCACGAACCCUGCUCUGGCGACGACGUUGACCUGCCUUAUCACAGAAAAGGACGUUGUUCUCGCCAGUAAAUUAGGAGAUGGCUCAUUCGGUGUCGUCGUGAAGGGAGAAUGGAACACUCCCGAUGGCCGUUGUGUGCCUGUGGCGGUUAAAAUUUUGAAGGAAGAUGCACUGGCACAACCUGGAGCAUUUGACGACUUCAUGAAGGAAGUCAAUGCUAUGCACCAGCUAAACCAUUCCAACCUGAUCCAGUUGUAUGGCGUUGUUUUGUCUUCACCCCUUAUGAUGGUUACGGAACUAGCACCUCUAGGAUCACUGCGUGAUUACCUGCGGAAGCAGUGUCACCAUGUGCCAGUAGCAACACUUGUGGACUACGCAGUGCAAAUUGCUAAUGGAAUGGCAUACUUGGAAUCUCGUCACUUCAUACACAGAGACUUAGCAGCCAGAAAUGUCCUUCUAGCAUCACGUGAUCGUGUUAAGAUUGGGGACUUUGGACUUAUGAGGGCUUUGCCGAGUCAAGAGGAUUGUUACGUGAUGACAGAGCAGAAAAAGGUACCAUUCCCAUGGUGUGCGCCAGAAAGUCUAAAAUCGCGGCAUUUUUCGCAUGCAAGCGACACCUGGAUGUUUGGAGUUACCCUAUGGGAAAUGUUCACCUUUGGGCAGGAACCUUGGGUUGGGCUAAAUGGAGCGCAGAUCCUGCAGAAAAUUGACCAGCAGAACGAGCGCCUGCAGCAACCCGAGGCCUCUCCUCCCGACAUCUACCAGCUCAUGCUCCACUGCUGGGCGCACAAUCCCUCUGACCGGCCGACCUUCCUUGCGUUGAAAGACUUCCUCCUCGAGGCUCGACCUCCCCUGCUGAGAGCCAUACAACGGUUCUCGGAGCCAGCCCCGAGGCUCACGCUCGAGAUUGGGGACCUCAUCGAAGUCGUGGAUGGCCGCACCGAGAACUACUGGUGGAAGGGGCAGAACCAGCGUACGUUUGAGAUCGGGCAGUUUCCUCGUUGCGCUUGCGAGUCGCUCAAUGAUCGCAUCAGCCACAAGGACAUCAGUCGUCCCUUGCGCCAUAGUUUCAUUCAUGCCGGCCACGGCGACAUUCAUGGGAAGACGUGGGGAAGCCCCGCGUUCAUCGACGACACCUACCUUCGAAACCCCGUAGAGCCCCCCGAUGUAUUGGGACUGCCUCCGGAACCUCUCACGUUCUCGGAGAGGUUUCAGGAGUUAGCGAGACGAUCGCAGCAUAAUCCGAUUGCCAAAAAGACAACAGCGAUGAAACAGUUCAGCUACAACAAGUUCAUCAAUGAGAGCAGCGAUGUCGACCUACUGCCUAAAGCUAAGCCGGAGCAUGCUGGCUUGGUUCUGGGAUCUGUGCUGCAAAAGUGUGAAGGUAACAGAGAUGGGAUGCAUGUGAAAAGCCCGGUGAAAGAGGGCAUGCUGAUUGACCUCGGCUGCGAAAUUGACACCACCUUACAGCAGCCAAUCUCGCCUUCCUCCGAAACUGAAGACAGUCACCUGUCUCCAAGCGCUCGAGAAUCGAUUCCGACCUACUACAACGUAUCGUCAUCGGAUCAGAAGUACUACAAUGUAGCCUGUGCAAGCUCCGCAACGGGAGACAACACAGUUCCGAGCUACUACAACAUCCAAGGUGCAGGUGAUCGAUACUACUCUGCUGUAGCGCCCGACCAACCUAGCCACCCUGGAUCGCUGACACGUGUUAGUAGCUGUCCAUCACUAAACGUGGACGACCUCCUUUUGCCCUCUACUUCGCAGCCAGCGGAGAAAGCCGAGUCGAAUAAGGCAUUUGACUGGCUCGAAAGCAAGAUAGGGUCCCUGUCUGUCCACCCACAAAAAAGAACGGGCUUCGGAUCCGGUUUCUCAAAUCCGCACUCCCCAGUUCUACAAUCUCCGGGUAGUCUCACAAGGACCGUGCCACAUAUGAAUACCACAUCAAUAGGCUACCCCUUACCAGGCCUCGGAAAAAGCUCGUUCCUGGUGUCAAAGCUGGAGACGAGAUCACCUCCUGAAAACGAGAAACUAAACGCCAUUCUAAACACUUCUACUUUAUCGUCGUAUCUUCCUGGUCCGAGCCACCAAACGUUACCCCACUCAUCCGCAAAAACUGCCCCAGUGCGAAUUCCUCUGCUGCAACCUCCGCCACCGGGUCGAGAAAAGCGACAGCAGCACACCUCCGCCCAGGCGCUGUUUCCAAGCGACAUCACAGUGACUGGAGUGGACCUCCUGAAUGAGGCUCCACCUACGACUCCCCCCAACUUGGCCCACGUGCGACCGUUCCUGGUGGCUCCGCCACAAGCUUCGUACCCAGCUCCUGCGUCGUGGUGCCACAGGGAGAAGGAAGACGCCAUCUUGGAACCAGUGCUCUUGCCGAUGACCCUUGAGCGUAACUCGGGUGUAGCUGUAGGAGAGAUGGAGCGCGAGGCCAAGGUGUCACGUUUGCACCUUUUGGGCAUCGCGGGACGUGGGGAGUGUGAAGCUGCGUUACGGGCGUUCAACUGGGACGCGGAUCAGGCUGCGUCACACUUGCUUGAUACGAGGCCAUCGCAGUAAAAAUAAAGCGAAGGAAAGCAUUUCACAAACAUCUAUAUAUAUAUAUGUGGUGUGCCACCUAAUAUACAGACAGUGCAAUGGAGAUUUUCCGGUUAUAUGGGUCACAUCAAAAACAUUUUUAUCAUCAUCAGGUGCAGCGUGUGCCUGUGUUUCGUAUUUAUAUUUGUUGCAUUUUGUUAAUUGGAACUGAAAAGUUUGUGCUGAUUGUUACAAAUUAAUGCCCAGUUUUAGCUUAGUACUUUCGUAAAGCCUCAAUUGCUGUUUCCAUGCUGGCUCUAAAAGGAAACGUUUUAUUGAAGACGCGGUGCUUCCCGUCCACACCGUACGGGACUGUACUUCACUUACUAUUUUUCAAAAUUUGUGUAUAGUUGCAUACGGAGGUGAGAAAGAUCCGUGCGUAAAAGUUCCAACAUUUCAUGGUUAUGUCCAAUACAAUUAUAAGAUCAGCUCAUUUCUACGUGGAAUAUCAAACCAAAGUGCACAAGAUAGCAGCAAAAGCAACUCUGGAAUGUAAUUGAACAGAUUGCACAAGUUGUUGCACAGGGUAUUGACUAAGAUUUGUUAUCAAGUCAUAUGAGACACAUUGCAUAAAAAAGAAGUUGUAAGGAUGUAAGAAGGACGUUGUAAGGAUGUCACCAUUUCGAAGAAUGUAUCCUGAUAAACGUCAAGGAAGUGGCAACAUAGUAUUCUCUGUGCAGAUAACUUUACAUAGUGACGUCUGUGUGUUGUUUAUUGCGUGCAGUGAUAACACAAUGUCUACAACAGUCGUAUUUAAGUGAAUCAGUGCUAGAAAGUCUUGUUAACCAAAGAUACUGACUGCAAAGAUUACCGUUGUGAAACUGACAUUAAAAGUAUUUGAGAUGACAACAACUCUGUCAGUAAGGUGAUGUGGAAUUCUAGCUCAUCUGGGAUCUUGAACUAAUGUGUACAUAGCAAAUACCGUAAUUUCGGACUGUUAACAUACACCCAUAGAAAGUCGGAUCUUAAACAGAAGUGCUGCAUUUAACUUACACAAGAGGCAGUCAGUGCUUAAGGCGGGGGACACAUCACAUAAUCGUAAUUUGUGGCUUUACACCCGAGACAACCGAGAUCGUCAGCAAUGCCACAGUGGUCCGUUUGUGGACUAAUUUUGCCCACCUGAAGGUUCAUUAACGUGUGUCGAUGUCUCCGCACACAACGUCUGCAACGUGUUUAACGUCUGCUGCAAAAGAUGGCGCGUCUAAGCAACUUUUACUCUGCCACCAAGUUGCUGGUGUCCUCAGCGGGGUUUGAACCUGCAACCUAUGAAUCGAAGCUUGCCGCCGAGAUGGAAAAUAGCAUAUACUAUAAUGUGCUUCGCCGUGUAGUGCACACGAGGGCCUUGGAGGCUAAAUUCCGCCACAUAACACGUGCAGUAUACACCAGAAAUUACAGCACUUAAUGUGCGACAAAUAUGCUCUACUAACCCAGUACAAAUGUGUGUGUCAAGCAAGGUGUGAUAUUGUCCGUUUUCUAGUAUGCGGUACCAUGUACAAGGUGAACCAAAAACAUGUGAAAUGUGCUGCAAAGACAACCUCGCUCAGAACUGUGCAGUAGAUGGUGUUCAACUUACUUCUUACAACUAUAUGUGGUGGGACCCUUAGCCAAGACAAAGCACAUGUCCCUAAAUAAAUUUCUGUCGAGGGGUGGUGCAUCCUAGAUUUUGUCAAAAAUCCUGUUCAUUAUUAAAAUGACCAGGAAGGGCAUGGUUUCACCACUUGUGAUGUCUUUUGCUGUGGAAUAUGAAACUUUCCGUGACUUGUGACAAACAGGAUAUGUGCCUGGAUAAUAUGGCACUGGUGUCUGCUCUCCAAAAAGCUUUUGAACACCAUGAGACAUGGGACAAUAACUAUGUUAAUAAUAAUAUCUCAAUCAAUCAAUGUUAACCAUGAUGGUCUUCCACCUAUCUUUUUUUAAGCUAGACUUCUAUAAAUUUUAAUCCAUCAGUGCAUAGAAUUUAAGCACGAUCUGAAACGGACAUGCCGUAGUUUCCUGCUGCCUUAGAAUUCACAGUCUCGCUUGAGUUAUGUGCUGAUAAUGCAUGCAAAAUUUGAUUUGACAUGCCCUGCAGCUUUUGCAACAAAAACUAUAGCCAUAUUUCGUCCUAAAAUUGCAUAACCAUUGCAUAAAGGUAUCUAUGUUAUGGAGAGCGAAUGCUAGUCAGUCUAAGUAAUGAAAGAACAUCAGUGAACAGCAAUUUUGUUGUAACGAUCAAUGUACACGAUGACCAAGCUACAUCAAGAUGUCUUCUCUUCAUGCUUGCAAUUCGUGUUUCAUGUCCACGGCGUAAUAAGUUUGGUGUCUGUAUCCAACAUGUCACCUUUUUCGAGAUUCGAUCAAGCUCUAUGUAAACUUCAAUGGAAUUGCAAUCUCGCAACAGAAAGGUGACUUGUUCAAGUGCAAAGUUGAGCAUGGCUGCUACCAACUUUUGUCAAAGAUAUUAUCAGGGGCUGCUAUGCUGGCAGGUUACAUGAAAUAAACACUGUGCUAUAAAACCGAA